UUUACACACAUCACCGCAUCAUCACGAGCUUUUCAUUCAUUCAUUCGUUCGUGUGCUGACAGAAAGGUGCAUCAAGCAGUCAGAGAAAGAAAGUCAACAUUCGACGCGAUUUCUGUGGACGAGGUUGUAAAUUUGCUUGAUUGCAAAGAAACCGUGAAAGAAAAAAAACGAGUGCAGCGCUUUUAAUCCGUACGGGCAAUAAUUAUAAGCCCUCGAGUUGACACGCGGGAACCGAGUGCAAGUGUUGCGAGUGGUGAAACAAAACUUAGCGAUGGCAAUCGAGUGGGGAUCUGAUUUGCUGGCAGAAAUAUGAUUGAUUCCAUUUGGGGGGCGGGUGUAUCAUUCUGUUUUAUCAAUCAAGGCUGAAUCUGAAGGACCGCCACCGAGGGCUGUGAAGUAAGACAAAGUGCUAUCUAGAGCUGCAUCAGGAAGUAGCUGAAGAGAAAGGUUCGGUUUGGGUGGGGGUGAACGACAAGAUGAGAUUUUCCGGGAGAUGGAUUAGGGCUGGGUUGGUGCUUUUCGUGGUGGGGCUGCUGGGCGGAAGUCAACCCUCGGAUGGGGCCCAUUUGAGGGGAUCGUUCCGGGUGGAUCAGUUCUUCCGGUUCCUGAUCAAGUUUGGCUUUCAAAAGACGGAAAAGCACUCACAGCAGAACACGGAAUCGGACACGUUUGGAUACAUCUACGGGAAUGUGACCAGCAGGGUGAAUCUUACCUUCCCAAUUACGUUGGCCGUGCUGGAUAAGCACAACUUCUUGGAGUACUACUCCAAUAGGAACAAUUUCGACCAGGAUGUGGCCUGCCAGCGAAUGUUCGACAAGCUGGACAAGGUGGCCUUCAACAACAAGUGCAAUAAAGGGGCGGAGGCGGAUUAUCUGAGGAGAAUUCCCUGCGAGCGGGGGAAGCUCUGUGUGGACGAAGAUACCCCGGCGAAUGUGGUGGCUGGCAAUCAGUUCACUUACGUGAUUAGUGACCCCAAUGUGCCAAGAUUCUGGUACAUCUCGAUGGUUGCCUGUUACCAAAACCAGACAACCUGCCAGUGGCACUACUACGACUAUCGAAAAUUCCACGCCCAUCCACCGGAAAUCGAUUACGACAUCCAGCUGGUGAACGGGAAUCCCAACCGGCAGAGCGCAUCCUUCUUCAAUCCGCUGCUAUUUCACUUCUCCUUCGAUCAGCAGAACACCCUGGAGAUGUAUCUGAUCUUUUUCGUCAUCUACCUGGUGAUGGUUCCGCUGCAGAUCUACGCGGUGCGACUGCAGAAGCAUCCGGUGACGCGACUGUUCACCAUCAGCCUGCUGCUGGAGUUCAUUAGCGUUUGCCUGCUGCUGACCCACACGGUUCGAUACGCCAUGAAUGGCGUAGGGAACGAAAAUCUGGCCAUCACCGGAGACAUCUUCGAUAUCUUCAGCAGGACAUCAUUUAUGCUAAUACUGUUGCUGCUGGCCAAGGGUUGGGCGGUGACGCGGCUACAAAUAUCCGUCAGCAGUUGGAUCCUGCUCAUGGUCAUUUGGAUUCCUUACUGUGCAAUACACGUGCUCCUGUACAUAUGGAACAGGACCGAGGUCGAUAUCAUAUCCGACAUCGACGAGUACCAGACGUGGCCCGGCUGGUUGGUGCUUGCGUGCAGGUCCACCAUGAUGCUGUGGUUCCUGUGGGAGCUGCGCAUCACCAUGAAGUACGAACACUCGACGCAGAAGCUGGACUUUCUGCUGCACUUUGGCGCUUCCAGUUUGGUGUGGUUCAUCUAUCUGCCCAUCGUGGCGCUCAUUGCGGUCAAUGUGAACCCACUGUGGCGGUAUAAGUUGCUAUUAGGAAUUACAAAUUCAGCCGAUUGUCUGGCGUACUGCGUAAUGAUGGGGUUGCUGUGGCCAAAUCGCGCCGGACAGUAUCUGCUGCUGACGGGGUCCCACUAUACAGGCAUGGACGAGUUGGACGAGUUCAACGAGGCGCCGCACAUCGUCCAUCGGGACUCGGAUUCGGUGCUGCGAGUGAGCGACGACGACUACCAGGACAACGAUGACGAAAUCGAAACCCUGGUGCUCAGCACGGACGAUCUGCUCAGCGCGGGGAAUAACGGUGGCAUCGAGUCGCCACCGACGGUUGUGAGUAGCGGCGGCAGCAAGCCACUUAUACUGAACGGACGAAGUCGGAACCAUCUGUAGAUGGGUCCGGGACAUCGUCCGGCGGGGAGAGGCUAUUUUCUAGUGAGUAGAAGCAAUUCAACGACUGCGGCACUCGAUGUGUAAGUAUGAGUUUGCGUGGAACCCAAUUAUGUGAAGAUAGAUUUGGGUUUUUAUAAUCAACCGAAUGGGAUUGCAACCGAAUUUUGUACAUAAUAGGUCAAACACGAGACAAUUUUUUAAAACGGUGUGAAAUUUUUCUAAACGCGGAUCAAUUGAUGAUAUUUGAGAAUCUUUAACGGAAGUCAGACACGAAUCUUAAAGCAGUAGCAAAAAUGUUUCCCAGAAAGCCACUUGAACCAGCAAAACAAAAAAAAGCUCAUGUGCCAUAAAGGAGAGAAAUUUAGUGAUUCGCUUGUAGACGUAGCCAAACGGUAUGGUAGAUAGAUCAGCAUCAAGCGGAGCGUUAGGCACUAGAUAGAUAGACAACUCGUUAGAAUUUCCACGAUAUGGUUAGCAGUAAUUAGUAAGGAGUCAAGCAGUGUUCCGGUAGUGCUCCAUUCUUCAUGGUAGAAAGUUUCUAAACCGGCACCUUCCAGUAGAUUCUUCGUACCGAUGCGAAAUUCAACGGAAAAUAAUGGCGUGUGAUAUAGGGACAGAAAAUAGCAAUUAACUAGCAAAUUGGAAAAAUGAAAUACAGUACAGUGUUACGUAGGAUUAGUGUAGGAAUUUAUAAGGAAGUGUUCUGCAUAACUUAAUUAGGUCGUACUGCGGUUCGGAUUUGUAGAGCUCAACAAAUCUGGAGAGUAACUCUUUAGAGUAGGAUGUAAUCCUGCCUUAACUGAUUCGUUCUCGCGGGACGAUAUUUUGCCCUUUACACGUAAUAUUGAGAUGACGUCAAUUUGGAUAUCAUACAAUACAUCGUUAAUUAUUCAACAAAUUUUGUUAAAUAACCUAUAGACAAAAAGUGGGAACCCAUCGGUUAAGUAAUAUCUCCCCAAGUAGCCAUAAGCACGCAUAAUUAGCCCUAAAUUUGCAUCAGUCAUGCAUAGACGCAUUAUAAUAGCAUCAUCAAUGCAGACACGACUAAUAACAACAUUUUCACAUAUUUCUCAUCAUUCUGUCAUUGCUGACAGGCUUUAAAUGAUUACGCUAUAUGCGCAUAUACUGCUGUCAUUAUGCCGCAUUAUCGUGCUUAUUGUUUACUUGGGAUUGGCCAAACAUGCUGUCAAUUUCUUUUACUACAAAACCGAACCAGAAUCAACAAGUAUUCCACUGCUGCAAUUAGCUUUGCAGGGGUGUAUCCUGUAAAUCGAAUUGAGAAAAUAACUUUCGUACAUUCUGAAUCGAGUGUGUCAAGUGAUUAAUCGUAACAGUAAUUCGACUUAAUACACUUGUCAAUAUAGUGAGCGUCUAUUUUGUGACUGAUGAUGAGAUUACUUGUUCAGUUCGAUUUCCUUAAUGAACCCCUCAAUUCAUGUGUUAUUUAUAUGUAGAUAUUCGAAACUUUGUACCAUUAGUUACUAGAACAAACGCAUCCACGUUUUUUGUUAAUUACAUCGGAAUUUUCUCAACGAUACUGCUACUUCAUAUAAGUCUAACUAUGAAUGCAAUUAAAACCCCAUACAAAAUAUUCUAAAGACUAUAGCCAAACAACCACUACAGUUUUGUAAGCGCAAACCACAAAAUACGCAAUUCAAGUACCUUUUUCAAAGCAAACAAUUUUAGCCAGCAGCCUAAAUCGCUUUUUCAGG